AUGUCGGCGGUUUAUGGCAGCCUUGUGCACCAAGACAGCGACUUGGACGAUUCCACGCCAUGGCCUCCCACAGAGUUCUUCGCUGACGGUGGGACGGCGUAUCCAAGCCCCGAUAGUGGGAAACGUGAUAUCCUGGUCAAAGACCCGUCUAGGUUGUACAGGGGCUUCAAGAACCUCUGCAGCCUGCCGAUGGUGCUACAUGUAGGGGUCUUCGCGCUCUACAUCGCGCUCUGCAUCAUCUGGAUCACGGGUGUGGUACCAACCAUACAUGUGGCGUUGACGAGUGCCUCGCUCGUGCAAACUUGGCUCAAUCUAAGCAAUCACCUCGUCAUGCUUACCUUGUCCACAGCCAUCGCGGCUGUCAUGCAACCCCUCGCAACACGCUCCCCCUUCGGAAACCUCCCGCAGUCCCUGACAUCUUUAUCUGACAAGAUAUCCUCGUGGAGCGGAUUAGGGUCGUCACUUCUCAACCUCUAUCACAAUUUGACUUUCCCGGCUUCACUGAGCAACGCGAUCAUCACCUCUCUAUACUUCACCGUACUGUCGGGACUUGGAAUCAGCUCGUCAUUCCUAUUCAACGUCCCAGCUACCAACGAGACUAUUUCCCACACCAUGACGACGCAGAUCGGAUCGCCUUCUGUGGAGGGGUUCAUUCCACCUGGCAGUGGGAUCUCCGGCGUUCCCUCCGACUUCACGAAUCUCACGUUCAACUGGUUUCGCUCGGGAGUCGGCGUCGGCAUGCUCCUCGGUAACAACGCGACGACAUUCUCGGGCAUAAGCUCAAAUCGGAUCUACGACACCCUCUCGCCUCCCAUGUCCGCAUCAUCCAACUCGACCGCCAUCGUAGGAUACACCGAAUUCAAUGUCAAGUGCGGCAGCGUGCCGCAGGCAUCAAUUUCUACAAUCAGCGACUCGCAGUAUGACGACAGUUUCAUUGACUAUGAUCCCUCCAACACUUCGCAAGUCGUUAUGGAAAGUCGCUCGGCCACGCUCCUGACCAUCAACUACACGCUUGGCACCUCUAAUAUAACACUAUCGGAUGUGUUAUCUGUUGCCGAUGACUCUACUAGUGGCAACAUCAUCAGUAGACUGUGGCAACCUGCAGAUGUCUUAUUGCGCCUGCCGAACAGCAAAACCGUCCCCGGAAUCGGCCGGAACAUCGUUCUAUACAAUAUCUACAACGAGACAGGACGUGUCUCCGGAAGCCAUCCCAUCGUCGAUUAUGAAGGCUCGACGGGAUUGCCUUGGCCUGUUCGCGUUAGAAUGUGGCCCGACGGGACAACCGAGGCUGCUGAUCUUAACACCAGUCUACGGAUACAAGUCAUCGGCUGCUCUCUAUCGACGAGCACUGGAGUUGCUACCAUCGAUGCUCGGACAAACCAACUUCUCAGUCCGCCAGCCUCGACAGAGGGUUCGAGCCCCGAGAGGAGAUGGAUGGACUGGGAGCCGGACUUGGAGAAGUCGAAUCGGCUUGAGGAUACAUGGUCUACCAUGUUUCUCCCGAACGUAGGAUCCAUCGGUCUUUGGGACAGCCAACCCGUAUCGCCAGAUUCUUUACAAUGGUCAUGCCUUGACUACAGGUAUCAAUGGGAGACUACUCUUACGGAGUUCACCUGGAACAGAACAGAGUUGCAGACGAAAUAUGAAUCCUGCCAUGUGCCUACAGUCAUCGAAGAUUACCUCACAACGCGUUUGUUCGGCGCCGUGACGUCGCACAGUGCAUACGGCGAUACAGUGCGCGACUCAGCGUCGGCCGAUACUACACUUAGAGCACUCGAGUCUGCACUCGCAGAUGCCACGGCAGUGGCUAUGUGGUCUGGCGCACGAGCAAACACGCUCAUGGUGACUUACACACCUCCGCCGGACACGAUGCCCUCCCUUCAGCAAGUUACCGGGACAUUCGUACAGGUCCUUUCGACGAUCGUCGCGCCAGUCAACGGGUCAGCAUCUGUGAUAGAACGAGUGCUCGUGGGGCGCAUAACCUUCAAUGUUCCCUCCUUGGUCACCGGAUUGAUCUUAUCCGCGAUUCUCACAAUGAUGAGCGCAUACCUGCUCGUACGAGGAGAUAUGGCAUGCGCGCGUCGCGCACCUAUCAGCGACGCUGGACUACUGAGCCUUAUGACCCUGGACAACUCGGUCAUUGCGGCGCGUUUGUCUGCUCUCGCUAUGCGAAGUGUCCAGUCUCGACGAAGGGCAGGAGACUUCUUGGUCAGGGUGGAGGAGGGACGACUGGUCGUCGUCGGAGACGUCGAGAAGGAUCAGAGUGCUAGCUUGCGACUAUGA